AUGACAUCGGCUGCUAGCCCUUUGAGAAUGCUUGGAGCAGCCUGUCUUACAAACUUGACACAAUCCGUCAGUAUGCUGUCUCAUUUCCUCGCAACGCUCAAUCUUAGCCAUCUGCGGGCCGUGUCCCGAGAUGUUCUUCCUAUCACCCUGAAUAGCGGACAAGGGCAUAUAUACGUGGAUGCGAUGGUAGCGGUGUCAUGUCCUCUCAAUAUCGGGAUGACAGGCGGCUGCAGGAAGACACAUGCACAUCGGGCAGGUACACAUCACCACAACAUUACAAGAAUCUGUAUGCCGGGGGGCACGCCGGCCAAUUUCCAAAGCCCAAAGCUGGUAAAGCGGGAUUUCGAUAGACUGUAUCGCUUCAUUGACAAAGUGAUACGCAGUUCGCCACCCAUCUACCAUCCCCGAAUAGCAUAG